GUUGAAAGGAGGAUGAAGUCGUCUCCGCGGAAACGGAUGUGUCGUAAACCGAGGACGCUUAAAGUUUGAAGCAGUUUGAGCGGCGAAAGUCCUGCUAAAGGUCACUAUGAGCGAACAUGAAGCCUUAUGGGAGAGGCUAGACACCGAGUUUGACCAUGUUCUGGUAGACAUGAAACCGUAUGUUCUCAAGCAUCCCAGCAAAACAGAGCGCCAAUGUUGUGCCAUAUGGAUAAAGAAGCUGUGUGACCCGGCAACAUGUGGUUCGGGUCUGACGGAUCGAAAGAACCGCAACACGUAUGCCCGUUUGCUGCUUUAUAUGCUCAAAAGAGGGAUCCUGGAGGGCCCUUUUACCACCAAACCAGAGCCUGGAAAGCUCAAAACACUCCCUGCCUACAUGUCCAUCUAUUUUGAUGAACCACUGACUGGUCGAUCUGUGGAGCAGAGCAACAGAGGUCUUCCUGACUGGGUCACAGGAGAGCUGAGCGGGUGUGCGGAUGAAAGUUUGGCCAUGGAUAUUCUUAAGGACCGACCCAGUUCUACACCCGUCACUGCUCACCACAGGAGGAGACUGUAUGAGGAGAAGAUCCUCCCUGAGCCCAUGUCCUCCAGUCCACUAAAGCAGUGUCCAAGACCAGAUGCAAGAAUGGUGGAUGGGCUGCUAAAGGCAAAUGUCUCUUGCGAUGACGGUGACCUGGAGGCUCGCCUUAACAGCUGGAACCUGGGGAUCGAAAACCCCAGGUAUUUGAGAGAGAAGUCCGUUCCCUUGUCACCAAUAUUCAAGUCAAGCUUUGAGAGGAAUAACACCUUUGCCAAUGAUCAUGGCAUUCAAAGCAGAGAGACUGAAAUAAAGAUCAAAGUGUUGGAGGCCAAGCACCAGGAGGAGAAACUGAAGAUGCAGCAGAGACAUGAUACAGAUGUUGAGAAGAUUCUGGACCGAAAAAACCGUGAGAUUGAGGAGAUAAAGAGUGUGUACCGGGCUAAGCAGAAAGAAUCCGAGGAGAUGAUCCGAAAGCUUGAAAAGAAAGUUCAAAGUGUUCUGCGGGAAUCCCAGGUCAUCUGUAAGAGCAAAGAGAAGCAGAUAGCGGAGCUGAAGAAGAUAUCUGAUCAGAGUGCUGACUCUGUAAAAAACGAGUGGGAGAAGAAGUUACAUGCAGCUGUAGCAGAGAUGGAGCAGGCAAGGUUUGAAAUGCAGAAGAAACACACUGAAAACAUCCAGGGGCUGUUGGACGACACCAACCACAGGCUGGCUAAGAUGGAGUCUGAGCAUAAGGCUCGUUCUCAGGCUGCUGAGCAAAGAGUGCGUGAGAUGGAGCAGCGAGUGAAGCAACAGUCGGUGGAGGUGGAGAAGGCCGACCAGUUCCAGCAGAAAGUGAUGCAAGAGAAGGUCCGGUUGGAGGUCCAGACUGCGUCCCUGAGUGCUAAAUUACAGGAGGCAAACAAACGGAUUACGAUGCUGCAGAAGGAGAAAGAACAGCAGAGUGAGCAACAUGAGGAGAACGUGAUGAAGCUCCAAGCCAAACACGAGACAGACAUUAGCCACCUAUAUCAGGAACAUGCUCUGUCUGCUGCUAAGGCCACAGAUGUGAUAGAGGACUUGGAGAAGACUGUCGCUCACCUCAAGCAGCAGCUUCAGGAGAGCGAUUACAGAAGACACCAACAAGUCAGAGAUCAAGAGAUGAAGUUCCAGCAAGAGAAAGAUGAGCUGCAGGCUAACUGUGAGAAAAAGGUGUUGGCAGUUCACAGUGAGGCUGAGAGGGAGAAAAUAGAGGCCAAGAGGAAGAUAGCUAAACUAGAAGAUGCACUGAGGGAGAUGGAGAGCCAGCUGGACAGGGCAAGACAGAGCCAAAGACAGCAGAUCCAGCAGGCCGAUUUGGCACUGGAGCAGUUCAAGAAACAGGUGGAGCUCAGCUCUGAGAAGGCCUAUGCUGACAUGAAACUCCAGAUGGAGAAGGUAGAAGAGGACCUGGUCCGUUCCAGAACCCUAAGGGAGAACCAGGCCAAGGAGUUCUCUGAGCAGCUAGAUGCACUGAGACUAAAAUACGAGCAGCAGAUGGCUGAGCAGCGCGCGCAGCACGAGCAGGAGAGGACGUGGCUACAGCAGCAACACAACUCGGAAAAGGACAACCUGGUCCAAGAGCAACAGCGGGAGGCGAGCAGCCUGGAGAGGCAGGCCAGGGCCACCCUGCAACAGCACCAGCAGCACGCUCAGGAGUGGAGGAAGCACGAUGCCCAGACAAUUUCUGAUUUGGAGGCCCAGGUGUCAAGUCUACAUGAGGAGCUUCAGCAGGUCCAUGCACUGCACAAGCAAAAGCUGGCGGAGAUGGCGUUGCUUCAGGAGGAAGAGAGGCAAAAAGCGAGCCUCAAUAAGGAGGCAUCGAUGCAGCAGCUGCGCUCCGACAUGGAACGGAUUGCCAACGACCUCAAGAGGAGCCACCAGCAGGAGAUGGAUGCCACUCUUCAUAAGACAAACAGCAGGGCGAAGCAGAUUGAGAAGGAGUACAGUCAGAAGCUUGCCAAGUCUGCCCAGGUGAUUGCAGAGCUGCAGACGUCUGUAUGUGACUCUAAAGAGGAGACUGUUCGUUUACAGCAGGCGAUGCAGAAGCAACUGAAGGAGGUCAAUGUUCGGUGGGACGAAGAGAGACGGACGAUUACCCACAAUGCCAAGCAGGCCAACAAGGCUCUGCAAGAAAAGGUGGAAAGUCUGCAGAGACAGCUGCAGUGUGCAGAGAAGAAGCUGCUCAGCAAAGAGCUGGAGACAGAAGAGAGGGUGACAAUGGUGCAUCAGGAGUAUGAGGAGAAGAUCAAAGGUCUGAUGCCAGCUGAUCUCAGGCAGGAGCUGGAAGACACCAUCACCUCCCUGAAAGCUCAGGUCGGCUUCCUCCAGAAGACGGCCUCUUUGCUACAGGAAGACCUGGAUGCCUGUCGCAGCAGGAGGUAACAGUGUGAAGCUGAGACACUCCAGGACAUAAAGGACAACAUUGCCCAACAGAAGUGAGCGAUGUAGUUGCCUCUCAUACUUCACUUCACUAAGCCAGUCAUCUUUAAGUUUAACAUAGUGCUAUUCUUUAUAGCAUGUGGAAUGUUUAUCUCAUUUUAGUUUAACCCUGUUUAAAUGUAGCAUUUUUAAUGUCUCAUCCAGCUUCUGUGUGUUUUUAUCAGUUACUGGAUGUUCUCUUAUGGAUGUGUUCAUAUUUUUAUAAAAUCCUCAUUUGUAAUAAAAACCUUCGUCUUGUGUUUUU